ACCCAGGUCAGCCAUAGUCCGGGUCACGUGCCACACCCCAGGGCCGCAAUUUUCCCUCCCGAGCAUCUCGCAAGGCCUCCUGGUGAUUCGGCGGAACAGUCGGCCAUUGCUGGUACCCGCAGCAUCCAAAAUGCAGAAGGUCAUUCGAAGGACGGCCCUGGCCCGGAACCAGGCUCAGCGGAAAGCCAUUCGAGCAGCCAAAGUUGCUGAGCGUGAUGAUCUCAACGACUCUCUGAGGCAGCGGUUUUCCUACAACCGCCUGGAGCUCGAUAACAUCCGUGCGGAGAAGCAACGACGCCGUGAAGACUGGAUGCGCGGCCCUCUGGCGCCUCAGCGUGAUGCCGGCCUUGAAGGACAGACCUACGGUGCACUGAGCCCGCAAGCAAUGAACCCUCCCUCUAUCCCAAAGCAUCUGCGGAGAGAGUACAUCAACAUCGCCGCGGGCGAUCGGGUGUGCAUCAUGAAGGGUAGAGACAAGGGCAAAAUCAACGAGGUAGCUCGGGUGGAUGAUGCCAAUGAGACUGUCAUAGUCAAAGAUCUCAACAUGGCCGAUGUGCACUUCCCCGACUGGUUGAACGAACAAUACGGCACCAAAAACCCCUUCCAGUCGACGAGCCUUCCCGUUCCCAUUGACGAUGUCCGCCUCGUUGUUGCCCUCGACGACCCGGUCACCGGCCAGACGCGUGACGUGCUGGUGGAACAUGUUCGCGGAGGAGAGCCCUUCCUCGAUCGAGAAUACGGCUCCUCGACUCCCCGACACACGAGAUAUAUCGCUGGCGAAGAGAUCGAAAUCCCUUGGCCCAAGACGGAGCCUCCGGAGUUGAAGGAUGAGGCCUGGGAUACGCUCCGUAUGGAAGUCGAGACACCGACCUGGAUGCCGUCGCUGCACUCUGCGCCAUUCCCUUCCAGCGUUCUGGAUGAACUCCGCAAUAAGUUUUCGAAGUACCGGACGAGACACGACGCCGAGUGGGUGGAGGCCAAGAAGAUGGAAGAUUACAGGAAGGAAUAUUUUCAAAGCCGGUCUUUGUUGACGCCCAAGGGCGAGUUGAUCGCCAUGAUCCAGGCUAAGAGGAAGGCGCGCCUGGAUGCGCAGAAGGAUGCCAACGGAAACUUCAUCCUUGACGCCGCGACGGUCGGGUUCGUGGAAACAUUCAUGAAGCAGAAGGCUGCCAAGAACGCGUAAUCGUCUGCUGCUCUGAAUCUCUCCCUCUCCCUUGGGUGUCCGAUGGGCGAACGUGUACCUGGGUCUGUUCUGUUUCUUCACACUGUUCUUUUAAAUGGGUGUACACAAUUAUCCUACUGUAGCAUAGAAUCCGACUGUAUAAGAUCAC